AUGAUGCGCUCUUUCUUGCCGUAUGACGUCCGCUGGACAGCCAAGCUACUCCGCCGCGAUGUACGCAACUUCCGGGCGAAGUACACUACAAGAUCGAAGCAACAAGGAAGGCCCGUGGACCAUGCGACAGGUAGCUCAGCGCAUCAACAGGCCUGUAUCAAGAACGUAUCGCAACUGCCGCAAAGUGUUCAGUGCAGCGAACCGUCGUCACAGCAUGCCGGCCAAGACAGCGUAUACUCCAAACCACCCCAAGAUAGUCCCAGAACUCUCCAAAUCAGCAGAGAGAACUGUCCCAGUACACUCUACGACCUCUUAGAAAGCAGACUUAGGGCUACGUAUGCUUCUCGCGACCGCGACAUGUCGCACGAAGACCGUUGGAGAUUCCGCGGUAGUUGGCUAGUGCUCCACAGAGCUAUCCAAGAAUGUCGUUCGGACAAGAGCGACGAUGCUUCCAGCAUCGGCACGAAUGGAUCCAGUGAGAGUACAAUGCUUCUGGAUAUGCUGAACCAAAGCACUCGAUUACCUACACCCAAGGUCAGCAAGAUGCCAGCUGCACCAUAUACCCGACAUGGCAGCGAAGAUGACCGCUAUGAUUCCAUGUUCGGCGAUGUUCCUACACCCACAGUCACACCGUCUCCCACGCAGCUGUGGCUGUCCAUCCUUGAAGCCACCGACGACACCCAGAAGAUCGCACCAAUGGCUGAACGGCUCCUGGUUUACAUUUCGCAAGAGAAGAAAGCUUUCGACAUCAUCGAGCAGGUCGGAAACCCCCACAAGAAGUUUUCCGAUAUCGAUGACGCUCAACUCCGACUUCAAUUCCGAGAAUUACUAUACGAAACCUCCCCCCAAACCAACUCGACCCUUCGUAUGAGCAGCGAACCAAAAGGCAGCACGCCAGGAUCACUUAGCCCACAUAACAACUUGACCAGAGUCAACACUUAUCCUCACGCCGAAUUUACGAUCCCGCCAUCGGACACACUGUCACCAUGCCCAAGUGCCCAAACUCACAACGCCGAUGCCCCGGCAUCGGCCAACUCCAAGGAGAAUCGCCCAAGCAACACUGCAACUGGAGAUGAAAAAGCUCACCGACCUCUUGAUGAGGAAUCUCGAUCAACGUCUAUUGCCAAUGACGAAGUAACCUAUCCGGAAGGUGGCCUAGGUGCUUGGUCUGUCGUUCUAGGGUCCUUCCUUGGACUCAUCGCAUCCUUGGGUAUGAUGAACACGGUCGGUAUCUACCAUGCCUACAUUGCCGAGCACUACCUUGCAGACUACACCGAGUCGACCAUCUCAUGGAUCUUCAGCAUGUACGUCUUCCUGUCGUUCUUCUGCGGACUCCAGAUUGGACCCAUAUUCGAUGCGCACGGCCCGAAGCUAUUGGUGCUGGCAGGUAGCAUCCUGCUGUGCUUGUCAAACUUCCUGCUCGGGAUUUGCACACUGUACUGGCACUUCUUCCUCGUCUUCGGCGUGCUUGGGGGUCUCGGUACAUCGUUGAUCUUCACGCCUGCGUUCGCCGCAGUCAGCCACUUCUUCCUGCAAAAGCGAGGCAACGCAACGGGUAUCGCCGCAGCUGGAGGAUCGCUGGGUGGUGUCAUAUUCCCGUUGGCGUUGGAGAAGCUGCUACCCAGGGUUGGAUUCCCAUGGGCGACUCGCAUCAUCGGCUUCAUCACGCUCUUCUGCUGUAUUGGUGCCUGCUUCCUCAUCCGCUCCCGCCUACCACCUAAAGCUGGACAAUCAGUAUGGCCUGAUUUCCGGAUCUUCCGGCACAAGAGCUACUUCCUGCUCACGGUCGGCAUCUUCAUGAUGGAGUGGGCACUCUUCAUCCCGAUCACGUACCUCACCACCUUUGCGGUCAGUACCGGCGCAUUCAGCCCGUCGUUCUCGUACCAACUCAUCGCAAUCUUCAACGCGGGAAGUUGUCUCGGUCGCUGGGUCCCAGGCUUCCUAGCCGAUAAGCUCGGGCGCUUCAACAGCAUGAUUGCUGCACUCGCCAUUUGCUCAGCUACAUCGCUAGUCUUCUGGCUGCCCGCAUCGCUACUCACCCCCACCUCCGCGGCCGAAGCUACGGCUAUCAAAGCACUCUCCAUUGUCUACGCGGUCUUGUUUGGUUUCGCAUCUGGCUCCAAUAUCUCGUUGACACCAGUCUGCGUGGGCCAGCUUUGCGAUACGAAUGUCUACGGCAGGUACUACGCUACCUGUUACACCGUGGUCAGCUUCAGCACGCUUACGGGAAUUCCUAUCGCGGGUGCUAUCAUCCAGGCCACUGGUGGACACUACUGGGGAGUGGUCAUCUGGACCGCAGCUUGCUACAUCGUGGCGUCACUCUGCUUUGUGUGGAGUCGCGCACUCCAAGUUGGCUGGAAGUUGGGUGUGAAGUUCUGA